AUGGACCGAAAACCUCUUGGAUUUUUGGUGAGCUUGGCCUUGAGGGAUACGAUACGUCCUCGUGAGGUACUAUCAUACCUGGCAACAAAACGGUCCCACGCAUCGUGGGCUGUCAUGGCUGAGGAAAUAAGGGGCUAUACUGGAACUUGUGGAUUUGGAAACGUAAGCAAUCCUCUAUACAACUCCUUAAUAGCGGCUGGAAAUCAAGCUUUAUACCAAGAUGGCAAAGGCUGUGGACAGUGGUACCUGGUAAAAUGCAACUCAAAUCCUAGGUGUACAGGAAAUCCAAUAAAAAUUCAUAUUACAGAUGAAUGUUCUGGUGUAUGCAACAAUGUUCCGGUUUGGUUUGAGUUGAGUGAAAUUGCUUUUGGUGCAUUGGCAGAGCCGGGUCAAGCUGAUGCAUUGCGAAUUGUUGGAAAGAUUCAAAUUUCAUACCAAAAGUAA